AUGGAUAUCUCAGCUUUCGAAAACGUCCCUCCAGUUAGCGAGGAGGAGCCGACACAGCGAGAGAUCAACGACAGACGAUUAGCUCAAGCGAUCCGCUACCUGGAUAACGAAGGAGGCGAUGACACUGAUAGCACUUACAUGAAUCACGUUGAAAGGAUCGACGAGGAUCUCCUCCAGCGACUUCCUCCGCAAGAGCGCAACUUCGACGACCAGCUGUAUCAGCGCGUGCAAGCUCUGAUUCGUCAAGCGCGGCUCGAAUAUGAGGAAGAGGUUGCGCGAGAAGAUUCAUCGUCUUCGUUAGGCGGGGAUUCCCCUAAGCCGAUGAUGAUAGAAGACGUACCAGACUCCUACACGCCUUCUGCAGCGCAAGCUCUUUAUCGAAGAGGCGAUACACCGGACGAACCUCAGGCGAUGCCCCCCAAACAAGUGCCUGCAGCAGAAACAAAGGCACGGCGCGAGGAACGGUUCAAGUACGGUGGCCCGAACAACGAACCGGAAAGGUGGCACAAGAACUAUCCAGCCUCGCUGCCGUUUCCAGAGACCUUCCAGAUGGCGCAUUGGGAGAGUCUCAAGAUUGACUUUGAUCUUUCCGAGUCUGGCAAGAAAAUGAAGGCAGAGGGCAAGAUUGUUGAGACCAACAUACCUUUUGAUCGCCCUGAAUUAGAGCAAUAUAAGAAUCUCCCGGUAUACGAGUCUGGAUCACGCUUCAAGCUUCCGAUACCCAGUGCCGAAGUUCAAGAGGAGAUCAGCAAGUUGGGAACUCCUGGAAGCCUGGAAGAGGUUGUGGAAGAAUUGAACCAAAAUGAUGACAAAGUGCGCGCCGGCAACUACAAAUAUACGCCACGAGUCUUCCUGGACAAAUUCUCCGCAGGAACUCAAGUAGAUCCUACAACGAUCCGCAAUGCUGUCAACACGACACCUGUCAAGUCUCGUACCGGUGCUAUGGGCCGCAGUAUUGAUCAGCCACGCCUAGAAGACGAGGAUGCGCAUGCUAUAGGGGACAAAGCUCGUGCGGCACUGUCGGCAGCUCGCAUGGCUCGUGAAAAGGUCCGUAAAGCAGAAGAAGCUCUCAACGCAGCAAACCAGGCGAACCUGGAAAUACCUACACGAACCCCACAAACCACUUCACCUGUCGCUAGGAAGCUCAACCGAGAGCGGGCGACAUCCCUCGAGCGUAGCCCGAGACGCCAAAGCGGUGUCAGUACUGCAGCUCCCAGUCCUGCAUCGCCGGAUAAGACUAGUAUGCAUCCACAGGUAGUCAUCCCGAACAAGCCAAAUAAUCGUCAGACAAAGCCUACCCAGGCUUCACCUCCCAAGCCGCAGCCUACCCCAGGCCAGACCAACGUCGCUACCCCCAAGACUGCCACCAAGAAACAACCCAAGCGUAAACGCAGUCUCAGCGAACAAAACUACACCCCUGAGACCAAGCGGUCAAAGUCUGUCGUGUCUUCCUCACGGAAAAGCAGCAGAACCAAGACGCAAAAGUCUCCAGGUAAAGCCGUUCACUUCCAACCCAAUGAAUCUGACGUCUCCGACGAGCUUUCUGACGACGACCUCGCAAAAGAUGUCCAGGAACUCACCACCGUUGUCACGUCCACCAAGGCCAAGCCUACCAAAAAGACCACCAAAACCACAGUGGUUACAAAGAAGGUGAGCAAAGCGGCUGCAGCAGGUAGAGCGGCGCGCAAAGCGAAGGCGGGGAAAGAGGUUGUUCUUGAUGACGAGCAUGUGAUUCAGAUGGCGAAGGAGCGGAGAUCGAAGUCGCCAGGAAGGGUUGUGAAGGGGGGUACUAGGAGUGGGGCGAAGUAUUUGAAGGGGUGA